AUGUCUGAUCUCACACCCUCCAUAAUUGCUCUCGCAGAAACAAUCAAAGCCAAUACAGAGACAGUUUCGAACUAUCUGCAAAAGAAUUCCAUUUCGCCACUCUCGCUAUCUCCUGAUGCAUAUCCAUUCUUCCCGGGUACUGGACCUCCAGGGAUUGAACCCUUCCCAAAACCACCUCCAGAAAUCCUGGACGCCAGGAAACAGGUGAGAGAGGCAUGUGAACUCUUAUCGCAACUUGUCACCGGACCUGUGGACCAUUUCUUCCACUUCAUGUGUGAUCAUUUCCACUCUGCUGGCCUUCAAUUCAUUUACCAUUUCCGAAUCGCGGAAUAUGUACCCGACGAAGGCGAUAUAAGCUUUAAGGACCUUGCUUCUAAGGCCGGCGUGGAUGAGGGUCGAUGUACAAGGAUUCUGCGAAUGCAAAUGACUUACAACUAUUUCCGGGAACCUAGGAAAGGUUAUGUUGCUCAUACGGUAGGCUCCAAAUUGUUCAAUCAUCCUACAAAGAGGGAUGGCUUGGGAUACAUAAUUGAGGAAGGCUUCCCUGGGAGCUCAAAAAUCUGUGAAGCCUUCGAAAAGUUUCCAGGAAGUCAAGAAAGGAAUGAAACGCCAUGGAAUGUAGCCCACGGCACGAGCCUUCCCAUCUUCGAAUUCUUCGAGACGCAACCGGCAAGAAUGAAGCGAUUUUUCGGCUCCAUUAAAGCCUUUGGCGAAGGGGAGGGUUUCGAUCUCCACCACAUGAUUGCUGGGUUUCAUUGGAAAGGAAUUGGUCAAGGCCUGGUUGUGGAUGUCGGCGGCAAUCAUGGGCAUUGCAGCUAUGCGAUUUCUCAAGUAGCCCCAGAUCUUCGAUUCAUCGUGCAAGAUCUCGAAAAAGUAAUAGCAGAGGCCAAGGGAAGGCAGCCAGAGGGCAAGGAAACCGAAAAGAUCAAGUUCGAGGUCCAUGAUUUCUUCACACCUCAGCCGAUCAAGAGUGCCGAUGUCUAUCUCCUGCGACUCAUCUGCCACGACUAUUCAGACAAAUAUGCUGCCAAAAUACUGAAAAACCUUGUAUCUGCCAUGGGACCAAAAAGCAGGCUCGUUCUCGUCGAUUCGGUCAUGCCGGAUCCCGGUACCCUCAGCAAGAUUGACGAGCGACGACUGAGGAUUUUGGAUGCAGAAAUGAUGCUGACUUACAAUGCUGCUGAGAGAGAUCUAGAGGGUUGGAAGUCACUGUUCAACCAAGCUGACCCCAGACUAGAAUUGCGCAGUGUGGUGACGCCCCCAGGAAGUUCUCUUUCUGUUCUAGAAAUUGGCUUGAGAGAGUAA